AUGAAACUGCGGUUCGCCUCACCUCGUCUGGUGGACGUGCUGCCCUUUCCAGAUAACAACACGGCCCCGGAAGACGACGCCGCUCUUCCGCCACCACCAGACAAGCCAAAGAAGAAAGGCAACUGGGACAGCAAGACCAUUCGUCAGACCAUCGCGGCCAAGCGCAAACUGUCGGCCUAUCCGAGGAGCUCGACAGACACUGAGGACGGCAAGAAAGCAAGACAGACUUAUUCCGACCAUCCUGGUGGAUCCGGCUCAUCAUCCUUAGAUUUAUAUUCAUUCUCAUCGCCCGACUCGACAAUUCAAUCAUCCUCUCCGCCAGUCCUCUCACCUCUGGCCAUCCAAUCGCCAGACGGUGGCGACAGACAUUCGUCUCCAUUACUAACUGGCAAUAGUCAUCCGUCACAUUAUAAUAUUCAUCAUCAACCGAUUACACCAUAUAAGAAUAUUACAACAUCUACUACAUCUACAACAUCCACUACAUCUACAUCUACUACAUCUACACCAACAAACAACAGCAGCGUACAAACAUUACAACAACCGACUAAUUUAUACCUCCCGCCACCAUUUUCCCUGGACAAUCUCCAAUCAAACAACCUACCAUUAAUACAUCAUUAUCAACUACCCAACACAUCACCACCUACACCUCCAUAUUAUAACUACCAGCCACCAAUCAUUCACAAUCCCCUUCCAUACGGAAGCUCUACAAACCAACAAAAUCAACAUCAUGUAGAAGGUGAUCAUUUCCAACAACACCAACAACCAAGUCAACAACAACCAUGGAUACAAGACAACCAGGCAGCCGAUGCCCAACACAUCCCCGCCAUCUCCCUCGCCCAUGACAGUGCUCCAUCAUCAUUCUCAUCAACAUCCUCAUCAUCAUCAUCAUAA